AUGACGAAAACGCGAAAUCAUGUUAAUUUUCGUUAAAAUUAUAUUUAAAUAAAUAAUAGAUUGAACAAUCAACAUUCGCUGAAAUUUAUCACACAUUAACCACAAUCUUCUUCUCAAUUAAAAGUUCGAAUUUCUAAAAUUUUAUUUCCGGAAAAUCAGAUAUUAAAUGGUACUAAAUAAUAUCUUGACAUUAUACUAAUAAAAUUCUGACAUUAUUCUGAUGUUAUACAUUGGUAAUCGGUUACUAUUUUUCUUGAAAUUUAAGCUUUUAGUAAGAAAAUAUUGUCUAAUCAAGUUUUUUCUUCUCAUUAUCUUCAAAUGCAUUAAUGUCCUUGAUACUUUCAGUUAAUUAAGCUUUCUUUUCAGUCAAUAAUUACAUUACGAUUUAGCCUACUCGAUCAAUACUUCGAUCAAUACUCUCAAGUAGGAUUUGAGUUAAAAAUUACUGUUUAGUCUUCAUUAAUAAUAAUUAUUGAAACAUAGUUAUUUAUUCGUACAUAAUUAGAGAUCAUGAAUGAAAAGAGAUCAUAUGGAUUGGUUUCAAAGUCAUUUUCAUUCAACAGAAUAUAUAUUCAAUAGUACUAUAUAUAUAUAUAUACAUCCGAUAGAGUACUAUAGUAUGCAUAGGUAGUAUUCAGUAAUAGGUAUGUAUUACAAUGAUGUGUUGCGUUGGUAGUGCGUCUGAAGUUUCUUUGUGCAGUAUGAAUUAAUUCUUCAUUAAUAAGGUGUUUUACACAUAUAUUUUUUAUAUAAUAUAAUUUAUUAUUAAAGUUAUUUAUUUAAUGAAAACAUAUGUACAUUAUAUCACGCUUUUAAUUUAGAAUUUAAUGUAGAAUUGAAGGUUAUGUAUUUCUGUGUUUAUGUUAUCUAGGUAAAUUUGAAAAUCUCGAAAUAUUACAUCAUUCUUCAUUAAUACAUUUUAUAUGACAUAAUUUAUUAUAAAAUAGCUAUUUAUUUAAUGAAAAUAUACGUAGAUUAUAUUAUCAUGCUUUCCAUUUAGGUUGUAACGUAAGAUUGGAGGUUAUGUACUGUGUGUAUUUUAUUUAAGUAAACCUAAACAAAAAUUUCGAAAUAUUGCGAAUAUUAGGAAAUAAAUCUUAUUAUGUACUGUUGUAAAUUAUUAUUACGAAUUAUUAAGUAACAUUUUUAUGUAUUUUACGAAAAAGACUGCGUUAAUAAAUUGAUACGUCAUGAUAUGUAAACUUUAUUAUAAAAUGGAAAACACACGUUAGGGAUAUAAAUAUUAAAUACGUAAUAAACAUUUCAAAGAAAAUGAAUAACGAAUAGAUAAUAUAUUUAAAAUAUUCGUGCAGAAUAACUUUUGUUGCACAUCUAAUAGUUAUGUUGACAGUGAAUGUUCUUUUAAACGUGAUUCAUCAAUUUUAUUCAUUCUCGAAAUCGUAUUUAUUUACAAGUGACGUAUGAACUUUCAUAAUUGGUCAGAAAGUUAAUGAUAUUGAAGUGACAAUUGUUUUUAAAAGUUUUCAAUUUUACAUCUGUUAAUACUUUCAUACCAUUUUUCUUAAAAAUUUUUGUCUUUUUUUUCUUUUUGUACUGCUUUUUUGUAUGUGGCAAAACGUACUUGAAAAGUGUUUGAAUUAAAUUCAUGUAAAUUAUUCAUUUAGUACCCGUAAAAACAUAAACAGUCAAAAAAUUAUACGUAUAACUAAAUAUAUCAUAGGUUAUAGGUUAUCAAAACUUUUAUCAUAUUUUGUAUUUCUGUGCUCUUGUUCGAUUUCUACUCAGUUAAUGUUUCCCACACAAAGACAAUGUUGUCCAAAUUAUUAAUUACAUAUUAAGAACAUUACAGGUAAUAUUUUAUAAAUAAUAUGUUUAUCUCAAUCUUUUAUUGAUUCAUAUUUAUAUAUAUAGCCAUUUUCAUAAAAAGAGAUAAAGCAUAUAUUUCAUAAAAAGCAUUUGUUACAUCUUAUCUAUAAAAAGGAAAAGGAAAAUAACGAUUAACUUCUUAUUAAAUUGGGCAAUGGCUCGUAUUUUACAGUUUGCCUCCAGGAAUUUGGUCAAGUAUCCAUUUCUUUCCAAGAUGUCUACAUCUGUAUCAGUUGACGAACGUAUGUUAAAAGGAAUAAGAAGAAUAAUUCCAAAUUUGAAUAAUACCAAGUAUAAAGGCCAAGAUGGUCGAAUUGGGAUAUUUGGUGGUAGUACUGAAUAUACUGGUGCACCAUAUUAUGCAGCUAUGAGCGCACUCCGCACUGGAUGUGACCUAGUGCAUAUAUUUUGUGUGAAAGAAGCAAGUGUACCAUUGAAAUCGUUCAGCCCAGAACCUAUUGUUCAUCCAGUUUUAGACCAGUAUGACGCAAUCAAGCAAAUAAGACCAUGGCUUGAUCGUCUACAUGUGAUUGUGAUUGGACCAGGCCUUGGUAGAGACGAUAAGAUAUUUAAAACCAUUGUUGAAUUAAUUUCAAUUUGUCGUGAUAUGAAAAAGCCGUUAGUGAUUGAUGCAGAUGGAUUAUUUUUAAUUAACCAGAAACCUGAUAUUAUAAAAGAAUAUCCAGGUGUGGUUCUUACUCCAAAUGCAAUGGAAUUCAGUCGUCUUGUGAAAGCAGUAUUUGACAAAAAUGUUCCACCAACGCCAAUGGUUAAAGCCAAUGAUGUUAAGCAUUUAGCAGAUGCAUUUGGGAAAAAUGUAGUGAUUUUGCACAAAGGAGCUAAAGAUGUAAUUGCAGAUGGGCACAAAGGUACAGAAGCUGUAUCGUGUGGAUUAGCCGGUUCUGGAAGAAGAUGCGGAGGUCAAGGGGACUUGCUAAGUGGAGCGUUAGCUGUAUUUUGGUGGUGGGCUAUCUGUGCAGGAAGUAGUGAAAGUGCUUUGUCACCUCCUAUAGCUGCAUGUUACGCUGCAUCUAGAUUAGUGAGAGAAUGCAAUGCAUCUGCAUAUAAGAUAAAGCAAAGAGGAAUGUUAACAUGUGAUAUUCUGGAGCAAAUACAACCUGUCUUUGCCAGAAUUUUCGAAACUCAUUGCAACAAGUGAGCUGCUCAGCCAAAAAAUGGCUGUAAUUCUGAUGUGAAAUAUUUUUAUAGAGAAUGUGUAAAAUUAACACAUUCUCUAUACAUUUUAAAAUUAAUUUUACACAUAAGAUGUUUAUGUAUAUAUUGGAUAGAUUAGUGAAGAAUAGCCGAUAAUUAUAUUGAUAUUGAUUAUAGAACAUCAUCAUUCAAUGGGAGAAGUCGAACACGAAGCACUGAUUCCUGAGUUAUAUCUAUAAUAAUCUUAUUUUUUCAUUGUACCAACGUUUAAUAAAAAUUUGAAACAUUUCUGAACAUAUUAAAUUAUGGAACGAUAAAAUUAUAUCGUGGUUGUAACAUUAAAAAGGAAAACUAUAAAUUCAGGAAUUUAAAAAUUACAAUAAGUCUACUAUAACUAAUGAUAGAUUUUUUUUUAAUGUCAUUGAAUGCUUUAUAAAAUAAAUAAAAUAUUUUGUAAGUUUUCAUAGACUUAAUUUACUAAUUCUCUUUCUCUUUUGUUUGAAUUAUCUUCAUAUUUACAAAUGGUGCAUUUUAGUAGUGUCUUGCUAUGAGAACUUUCUACAGAGAAGUAAUUAAAUUUAUGUUUACAAAAUAAGUAGUCAGUUUAAUUUAAGAAUUAAAGAUUGAGAUACAAUAACAAUUUCUUAAGUACUGAAAAUUAUUUACAUUAUAUUACUACGAAUUAAUUAUUGUAUAUUAAAGUAAAAUAAUGUAAAUAAUUUAUAAAUCGCAGACAUUAACCAAUUAAUCAAAUUUUUAAUUUAAAACAAUUUACAAUUAAAUUUCCUUCAUGUGUGACUAAAAAACAAAAAGAAUAUUUCUUCGUCGACCAUCAGUAAUAAUAAUAAUUAAGUACUUCUAUUCGCAAUAAAAAAUACUUUUAUUUACUUUUAUCUAUAAUAAACGAUUGAUAUUUUAAGUGCUUAUUAAGUUCCUAGAAUUUCAAUAAUAAAAUCCCCUUAAGUACAGAGUUCUGUAAAGAGAAAAUAGAUUACUGAUGAGAGAGGUAAGAAAUAUCUCUUCGUUGCCUCAGUUUAAUACUAUACAUUUAGAUCAGUUAGAAAAACGUUAACAUAUUAAAUAUAUCGUAUUAUUAUUAAAUUAUUUGAUUAUAGGUCAUUCGAGAAGUCCGUCGUAUUUAAUCAAAAAUUAAAUUCUACUCUUCUCUCUCUAUUGUACUAUAUACUUCAUCAAUAACGUACCUUGCUCAGAAUUAUGCCUAUUGUAUUAACUCAUAUAAAAAUCAAUUUGCUGCUAACUAAAUAAAAGAUUUCUACUCUUGAAGGCGCGAUAUCUCACAAAAACAGUUGCACUGUAGAUAUUUUCCUUUUUUUCUUUUCGUUAGCAUGCCCUAAAGUCCUACAAAUAUCAAAGUUACGGAACCAUCGUUCAUUGA